AUGCGCGCCGACGAGAGUGAGUGUCCCUCCCCAGCGCCCUCUUAUAGUGCGGCUGUUCUCGGAGUGCGGGUCGGGCGGCUGGGGCGAGCAGGCCGCCGCGCCGCCGCCCUCCUACAAUCAGCGCAGCGCCGACAAGAUGCGCGCCGACGAGAGCGGCCGCGCCGCCGCCCUCCUACAAUCAGCGCAGCGCCGACAAGAUGCGCGCCGACGAGAGUGAGUGUCCCUCCCCCGCGCCCUCUUAUAGUGCGGCUGUUCUCGGAGUGCGGGUCGGGCGGCUGGGGCGAGCAGGCGGCCGCGCCGCCGCCCUCCUACAAUCAGCGCAGCGCCGACAAGAUGCGCGCCGACGAGAGUGAGUGUCCCUCCCCAGCGCCCUCUUAUAGUGCGGCUGUUCUCGGAGUGCGGGUCGGGCGGCUGGGGCGAGCAGGCGGCCGCGCCGCCGCCCUCCUACAAUCAGCGCAGCGCCGACAAGAUGCGCGCCGACGAGAGUGA